CCAAUGUUUGACGCCACUGAUUUGCUCCAGAAUCCAUCAAGCUACUGAAUUUAGGAGAUGGACGCUGGCGGGAUGGACGCAGAGUGAUGCUACUUUAAAACCCGAGAGGAAGCUGCCUCGACAGGAGCCUGGGCAGAUUGGAACUCACGUCCGAGCGUCAUUGGUGAGCUAACUUGGCCUGACAGCACCCUGACCGCCACCCAUCAUUGAGCUCCUGUCCUUAUCCUCGACUGGCGGAUUUGAAUGUUUGACACCGGAAACGCCAACUUCGUGUCACAGCAUCCCCUUUCUGGACCUUCAGAUCCGAGGGCCACAUGGCCACUGUUUCUCUUGAGCAGUGGUAGGUGUGCCACAAACUGGCCUCCCCAGCUCCCUCCCAGACCCCUGUCCCGGACCCUGACCCCGACCCUGACUCGGAUCAGCCCCACAUUAACGAGGAGCAGUAUGUGAGCGAGGGAGAGUGCAGUCUGUUUUACACAGCGCCACCUGACUGCAGGGACGCAGAGACCAUCACAGUUUUCCUGUCGUCUCUUCAGAUGUGUGCAACAGCACUGAUCUUCCAGAGUUUGAGAUCAUCAGUCUGUUGGAGGAGCAGUUACCAGUGUACCGGCUACGUGCCGAUACGGUCUACGGUUACGACAACAAUGACUGGCUGCAGACUCCCCUCGUGGCACCUGACGCUCAGAUCGACUUGACCACUGAGCAGAUUGAAGAGACGCUUAAAUACUUCUUGCUAUGUGCAGACAGAGUGGGCCAGAUGACCAAAACCUACAAUGAUAUUGAUGCUGUCACACGUCUUUUGGAGGAGAAAGAGAGAGACUUGGAGCUGGCAGCAAAGAUCGGUCAGUCGCUCUUGAAGAAGAAUCGAGUACUGAGCGAGCGAAAUGACUAUCUGGAGGAACAAGUGGGACAGAUCAGAGAAGAGGUGGCGCAGCUGCACCAUGAAUUGAACUUGAAGGAUGAGCUGCUGCAGUUUUACACCAAUGCAGCUGAGGAGUGUGAAGAUGAGUCCACCAGCUCUCCAACGGGUCGGAAGAGCAGGCUGGACUUGGCAGCAGGAGCCUUUGUGAGCGACACACUGCAGAAGAAACUGAAGGAGCUGGAGGAGGAAAACCUGUCGCUUCGCUCUGAGGCCAGUCAUUUGAAGUCAGAGACGGAAACCUACGAGGAAAAGGAACAGCAGCUUGUCAAUGACUGUGUGAAGGAACUCAGACUGUCCAGCCUCCAGAUCUCCACAAUCGCAGACGAGUUAGCUCGCAAGACCGAUGACGCCUCCCGACAGCAAGAGGAGAUCACACACCUGCUCUCUCAGAUUGUUGACCUGCAGAAGAAAGCCAAAUCUUACGCAGUGGAGAACGAGGAGCUGUCUCAGCACCUGAUCGCAGCCAAGGACGCGCAAAGGCAGCUGACCGCUGAGCUUCAGGAGUUGGAGGAGAAGUACCUAGAAUGCAUAGAAAUGCUACAUGAAGCUCAGGAGGAGCUGAAGAACCUGAGGAACCGAAACGUUCCUGCUGGGACUCCCCGGCGCUACCAUCCCCUCGGACUUUUCCCCAUGGAUUCUAUUGCAGCCGAGAUUGAAGGCACAAUGAGGAAGGAGCUGAGCCUGGACGACCCUGAGUGCGAGGAGCAAAAGAGCCAUCGCAAGCGUGUUUUUGAGACGGUCAAGAACGUCAACCAGACGGUGCGCCAGCGCUCUCUGACUCCAACCAGUUCCAACAUCCCAGGUUCUAAUCAGUCGCUGUCAGCUCGUACUUCGCCACAGUCAAGCGGCCUCUCCACGCCGCACUCCAGCAUGUACGGAGGGGAGUUGGGUGGAGACGGGCUUGCCCUUGACAACCGGACUCAAAGCAUUCUGAUCGAGUCCACGGCGAAUCAGGACAGCUCAGAGGGGCGGAGCAAAAAGCAGAGCGGUGCAGAGGAUCUUCGACUGGCUCUCCGUCGCCUGUCACUGCGCCGGCAGAACAACCUGAGCGAAAGGCAUUUCUUUGAGGAGGAGCGUGAUCGUCGGGGAGGAGGACACCGUGGCAUGUUGGGUCAGGAGAGCCACAUCACCCCGUCUGAGACCAUCAUGUCACUGGGAAACCUUCAUCUGUGGGCCUCUAGGGGGCCCUACCUUCCUGACAAGCUCCAGAUUGUCAAACCUCUUGAAGGUUCUGCCACUCUCCAUCACUGGCAGCAGCUGGCUCAGCCUCAUCUUGGCGUGAUUCUUGACCCCAGACCUGGGGUUGUGUCCAAAGGAUAUCGACCUCUAGAACUGGAGCUGGAGCAGGUGUAUCCGUGGGGAGGUUUUGAGGAGGAUGAACCUCGAGGUCAGUACUUCCAAAAUUUACCCAUCUCCUCAGCCGUGGGUUCCCCUGCCCUCCCCUGCGCCUCCAGCAGUGCUGACCCCAACAUCACUCAGCCAGCAGCAGGGUUGGCUCCACUGUCUCCACCCUCUCCAUCUCCUUCUCCUCAUCUCAGUAACACAGAUGCUUUCGCUGCCUACUAUCCCGGCAAGAGCAUGGCUCACACCAGCUCGACUUACACCUUCACCACCUGCAGGAUCCUCCACCCUACCGACGAGCAGACGAGGGUCACUCCCAGUGUCAAUCCCAUCCCGGCGUCGUCCGCUUGUGUGAUGACCAGCAGUCUUUUGGGUACUCCUGCUGCCACACCUUGUACUCCACACAGACUCAGUCUGAGACCCUCAGAGUCCUCGACUAACCUCAGGGAUGCAACUCGCACCACCAGCACCUCUCUUGGGCUUGUGCGCCUUCUGCAGGAGAGAGGCAUCUCUGCAGCCAUGUACCACCAGAGUCCAGAGCACACUCAGAGCAGUGACGGGGUCCUACUCAGCACUUCCAUAACACCAAACACACCACGUGAUCAUAACUCUUUGCGUCCCUCGACCCCUCCUAACUCACCGACCGGUCAAGGUGUGGUGCAGACCUCAGAGGGCUUUGACUUCAAAAGUCCAUCGUAUGACAACUUCCUAGCGUCCAAGCCAGCACGCUCCAUCCUGAAGGAAGUGACCCGAGGGAUGCGUGGGAGACAGAGGGGAAGAGACUGUGAGAGCCAGACGGACGUCAGUGUCACCGUCCACAACCUUAACUUACUGGACAAAGUCAAGCGCCUGGGUGUGGCUGGAGCCCCAGGAAGUAGCCGAGCGGUGAGCCCCAGUCCCAUCCUUGGCCCACUUGGGGGGCUGCGGCGCUCGGUGUCCCCCUUCGGACCGGAUGGGAUGAGGCGGAACAGGAGCUACCCAGCCAUGGUGGGAGCUAGCAUGGCCAUGAAAGCACCCGGACCCCCAGAGUAGACUGCUGCACCACCUCGAGGGUCCAACUGCUGAUACUGAACACUCCUGCUAGAGCAACAUGGAGCAAGUAGCGCCACCUGGUGUGCUCAUAAGGACUCUUUUUUUAAAAUGCAAUAAUACCUCUUUGCUCCGUCGUGUGUCCCGUUAAGUAAACAAGGCAGAAAUUGCACUUAUGCACUUAAAAUCAAAUCAAAUUGUUGUGUCUCAUAGCCUUUCAUCAUCACCAUGAGCAAAGUACAAUUUAAAUUUGUGAAAUGAAAUGAACGCCAUUGCCCUUGAAAUGUCUCUCCCGCUCCCUUUUGCAUACAUAUGGUCCAUUGCAUUAUUUUAAUUGUAAUUUAACAAUUAUUUAUUUAUUUCAUGUGCCAUAUAGCUACAGGUUACACUGAACAAAGCUGAAGUUGCACAUAUAGACAAUGCAGUUAUUGUAUUAAUAAAUGUAUAUUAUCCAACAACACAAUUUUUGAAGCAUUCAUUCAUUGAUCUGGAUUUAGAUUAUUAUUUUGAUCCUCGAAUAAAUGAAUUAAAUGAACUAAGCAGUCUUCUUAGUUUGUUUUAUUAUUUUAAAAAAUGUAUUAAAUUAGUCAUGCUCUUAUUUUGUUCAGCACGCUUUUCUUCUAUAGAUAAUGCUCUAAGAUAUGAUAUUCUCCUACUUCCAGUUCAGGGGACAAAACUGAAUUUGUUUACUCUCUUCACAAAAACAGCAGCUAAAUUUAUAACUAUUUAUUUUUCACGUUAUUAUUAUUAUUAAAAAAUGCACCUUUUCAUUUUCAAAUUUGACAUAAUUGAAAUUAAAACGUUUUUGCCCUUGUAACUUAAAAAGAUUUCAGUCUUCACUUUUGGGCUCUGCAGUUUCUGACCGACAAGGUCCUUAAGUGAUAUAAAAAUGUAAAAUGUAUCUGUCAAUAUUUUAGUGACAAAUUUCUGUCCCUUCCUGCAGAAGCUGACCUUCUUUUCACUAAAAACAUUUACAAAAUGAAACAAGGAAAUGCAUAAAUGCCAAGCAUUGCAAUGGCUUUACAGACCUGGUUUUGCUGCUACUUUUUUCAUGUUUUUUAUGCAGUAGUCUUUUACAUGAAUUGUAUAAUUAUCUAGUAGUAUUGCUCCCUACACAUAAAAAAUAUAUAAAGUAUUGAACUAGCCAAGCAAACAAACUGUAGCUGCGUCCCACCGCAGCAGGGUUAGUGCACUGUGUUUGCCUUGUUUUCACUUGAUGUUCUUGUCUUACUCAUGUCAUGGUUUAAAACAAACAGUGCUACCUCUGUGUGUUGACUACUUUCAUUUUUUGUGCCACAUUGUUUGUUUUAUGUUCAGAGCCGAGCACUGUUCUUGACUAGAGGGAACUGUGACUCCUUUUCAUCACGGGUGCACCUUUGUUUUUCUUGGGUUUUACUGAGGCGCCAUGUUUUUGUCGUGACGUCCACCGAAACAAAGCUCAAUAAUUUCAACAGUUGUGAAUUAAUCGAAGCACUGUAGUGCCUCAGACGUCUGCUGCUCAUCCAUGUUUGUCCAUUUAAACUUGUAUUCCUUGUGCGUCUCCUGUAUCACAACACCCUCACACUCCAUAUAACGCGGAG